GUUGCCACGAUAUUGUUCUAUGGAAAUCAUUAUAUUUUAAAAAAUAUAGUGAGGAGUAUUUCUUUUCCGGCACUCCCCCACGCCGCCUUCCAUCUCCGUUUUCCGCUUCUGCACAGCGCCGCAGCUCGGCGAUUCAGGCGUAUUCUUCAGCCACGAUUCCUCCUCUCUUUCAAGAUAUGGGAUCCCAUGGCUUGAAUUUUCUGGGUCUGCCGCUGCUCUGUAGUCUGUAUUGGAUUUCAGGAUGACCACUCAUCUCUCCCCAAAGCACCAAAGACAUCGAAAUAAACACAAGUUGCAGAACCUUCAAAUUCAGAACUAGCUGUGGAAGAUGAGAUUCCCUCAAUCCAUUCCGGCAAGGAAGCUCCGCCGCCAUAAUAAGCUUUCACUGGUUAUAAUCCAACACUUCUCAUCAGGUCUCGCUAAAACCACAAAGCCCACGAAAUCCAACUCUUUAAUAAUCACUCACGAGGCUCUCCGGGACCAUGUGCUUUCUUCUCAGUGGCAAUUCAUCGAACAGUUUAUGCCCAAACUCACGCCCACCUUGAUCUCCUCCACCCUCUUCAGCCUCCGUUCAUCUCCAAACCACAUUCUCAAGUUCAUUCAAAGUCUCAACUCCAAUUGUCUUGACAUCAAUUGCUAUUGCCUCGCCAUCUUGAUACUCUCUCGUCUUCCAUCUCCCAAUCAAGCACUGCAGCUCAUCAAGCAAGUAGUCAAUUCUUGUAUUGCGACACACGGGGAGAUUUUUGAUGGGUUAAUCUGCGCCAGAGAGAAGCUGGAGGUAAAGAGUUCGAUAUCUUUGGAUCUUCUAGUAAAUGCGCUUUGCAAUUUGAGGAAAUCCCGUGAGGCUUUGGAGUGCUUUCACUUGAUCACUGGGAAGGGUAUUUUGCCCAAGAUUGAGACUUGUAAUGCGCUGUUGAGUUUGUUUCUCAAGUCGAAUCGGACCAAAUUGGCAUGGGACGUGUUUGGCGAGAUGUACAGGUUGGGGAUAAAUUCAAAUGUCUGCACAUUCAAUAUUAUGAUCAAUGUGCUAUGUAAAGAAGGGAACUUCAUGAAGGCCAGGAAGUUUUUUGAACAGAUGGAGGCUUUAGGGUUCAAGCCGAAUGUGAUAACGUUUAACACUUUAAUACAUGGGCAUUGUCUGGGGGGUGAUAUCAAAGGGGCAAGUGAUCUCUUUGAGGAAAUGAAGGCUAAAGGGGUCAAACCAGAUUCAUACACUUACAACUCUCUCAUCAGUGGGUUGAUAAAGCAGGGGAAGGCCGAUAAGGCAUCUGAAAUCAUCAAGAAAAUGGAUGAAUAUGGCUUUGCCCCAACGGCUGUGACUUACAAUACUAUGAUAACCAUGUACUGCAACAAAGGAGACAUCGAAAGGGCAUUUGCUAGUAAAGAUGAUAUGGUUAAGAGGGGGAUAUUUCCCACUGAAAUCACCUAUAAUUUGUUGAUUCAAGGUUUGAUUCUUGAAGAGAAGAUGAAGAAAGCCGAUGAUUUAGUCAAAGAGAUGAGACAAAAAGGGCUGGUUCCUGAUAUUAUCACAUAUAAUACGUUGAUGAACGGCCAUUGUAAGGCAGGGAAUGCAAGAGAGGCUUUGAGUCUUUAUGAUGAAAUGUUGACCACCGGUCUUGAUCCUACACUCGUUACUUACACUUCACUUGUUUAUGUCUUGGGCAAGAAGAAGAGGAUGAGGGAGGCAGAUGAUUUAUUUGCAAGGAUGGUGCAGAGAGGAAUUUCCCCAGAUCUUAUCAUGUUCAAUACACUGAUUGAUGGCCAUUGUUCUAAUGGAGAUGUUGAGCGCGGGUUCUUGGUUCUGAAGGAGAUGGAUAGGAUGGGGAUCGCCCCAGAUGAAGUUUCGUACAACACUUUAAUGCACAGAUACUGUAAGGAGGGCAAAGUUGAAGAAGCUCGUGAACUUCUUGAUGAGAUGCAACGGCGAGGAAUCAAACCUGACCACAUCAGUUAUAACACGCUGAUCAGUGGGUACUGUAGGAGAGGUGACAUGGAGGACGCAUUUAGGGUCCGAGACUUGAUGCUCACAGUUUGGGGUACAGCCCUACACUUUUGACCUACAAUGCCCUUAUACAAGGGUUAUGUAAAACAAAGCAAGGUGAUGUCGCGGAGGAGCUUCUCAAAGAAAUGGUCAGUAAGGGCAUUACUCCCAACGACAAUACAUAUUUUUCUCUAAUUGAAGGAAUUGGGGACGUUGACGCUUUCUUGGGGGGAAAAGACCCAUUGGAUACGACAGAGCCGAAAAACAUGUAAUGUGGGUACACCAAAGCCUCUAUUGGUUUGUCCUUUUAAGGUAUAUUCUCAUGUCGCGUGCUGCUUCAAAUGUCUCUAAGCAAGCAAGCAAGAUGGAUUCAUGGAAAGCCAGAUUCAUCACAGAGCAGAUUCUCUCAAGCAGACAAAGUGGCUGGCUUUUGGGAGUGCACUCUUUGAUAGGAAUGAUGUGUUCUUGGCUGCUCUUUCUAAGAAGACCCAUUGCCCCGGGAUCCGUUUCAGGCAGAAGCUAUGGCGUGUCGUGACGUUCUUUUGUGGUUAAAGUCUCAUGGCAUCGGAGAACUGUUUGGAUAAUUUGCAGAGUGAUAGUCCUUUUGGUUCUUAUUUUGGUUUUCUUUGCCUCUUUUGAUUGCUUGACAUGUUCUUUUGUUCAUCGUUUGUUUAUUGCCAUAGCUCAUGCCCUUGCUAGGAGGGUUGAGAUACUCUUUUAUAGUGAAAUGUAAAAAGAAUUUAGGUUUGAUGUUUUCAGAUAUCAAAAACUUUCAAAAUAAAGGGUUUUGAUACCU